AUGCUCAUAGGUCUCUCAGAUUUCCUGCCACAGGUCUCUUCCUCGAUCACUUGCUCCUCCACGGGACUAAAUCAUAGUGGUGUCAACUCUGUUCCAUUAAAAAAGCGCGAACGACCAUCUUGCUGUCUGUUAUCGGAGCCUGGGCAUUUUACAGCCGCUUUGGGCCAGGCCACUACUGCUCUCUCAGCUACUGGCCCUCCUACAAAGCAGGCUCGCCUUAUGUCUUCAACUGAAACUGUUGCUGCCACAGAUGACGCUGUCGCUUCUGGCCCUGCCUCGGUGAUCGGAAGGGUAGUCAAAGACGUGAGAAAUGAAGACGAUGAUGUAGGAGCAACAUAUUCAGGAAUAUCUUGCGUGGUUACCUCCCCUGCUUCCAGUAGUUCGCUCCAUGUCGACUCUCCUGGAGCACAAGUCAAUGCUGCUCGUCAGAACGAUCCCUUUAUUUCUGCUGCUAAAGUCGGAGAACGUAGUGAAGUUCUCGGAAAAUCACCCUCUUUGAUGACCUCUCAGCCUGUUAGCAACUUAUUAGACAAUGGGAUAAGUACCUGUAUGGCAACAGCUGAUAUCGGUAGUCUUGAUGACAAUGUGCCAGAAGGCCGGAUAACUCCAGUCUCUGGACCAUCUAAUGCAAUUUCUAUGAGUACGACCUCGAGUGAACCAGGCGCAGAAUCUCCCGGUGUUCUUCAAAUCGACUUGAGGGUGAGGGCUUAUGAUAGACAAAUCGAUUAUUUGAAUGAUGAAGACAAUGAGCGAAAUGAGCACCAUAGUAAAUUCUUUUGA